CGACCAUUCUCAUGCGACAUGUGUGCUCUGUCGUUUAACCGGCAACAUGAUUUGAAGCGACACAGAGACACACACUCGGGAGAGAAACCGUUUUUGUGCAACGGAGGCUGUGGAAAGACAUUCACAAGGAAAGAUGCACUGAAAAGGCACCAG